AUUAUCAUUGUUUUUCCGAAACACACAGUAUUUACAUCAUUUCCGAUGAGGAUGGGCUACAGUGUACAAAAUAAACGGAUGAAAAACAUUUUUGUGUAAUAAAAGUAGUAUUAAAUAACAGUUUACGUUUAAAAUCAGUUACCACAAAACUAUAGUUUUUCAAAACAUUUGUACAAUAAAUUUUAUAAAGUUAUAAUCAUAGCACUCCUCACUGGGCAGGAAAUAUCGGGCAAAGUCCCUCGUCUUCAUGAAUCUUCUUGAGCAUUUGUGGUGCAGAUAUUGACAGAUAUCUGAUAUCUCACAAAAGAAUUAUUUCUUACAGAAACUAACACACACAAGAUGUAAUUUAAUAUUUGCUCUACAAAAGGAUGCAUGAUCUGCAGUUUCUCUUCCUGUAAGUGUCCAGGAUAAGUAGUGAAGCCACCAGGUCUCCACUGUAGUAUUUCAUCUAACUUCCACUGCAGCUGUGUAAACAUUAACAUCCAUUUUAAUCCUAUCAUCCCAGUCCCACUACAGCCUGUCGUGGGGUGGCAUUCCGGUCUCAUAUAAGGGUCAUGAACUCUUAUAUACUUUUAAUUAAUAAGACCCCAUAGACAAUAUUACAGGAUGUCUCAAGCAGACGUAAUUAAGGUUUUGUCGAAAAAAAGUAAACGCCUUGCAGUUCCUUGUAAAAAAAAAUAUCUGUGCAUAAUUUGAUUAUGUUAGAGUAGAAAUGCUCCCAGUGUAACAAUCAGCUCGUAUUCCUUUCUAUUAUGGGAGGGAAUUGAUCCAUAGCACAGCUGCGAAAUACCCAAUCUAAGUUGAUCUAACUUUAUUAUAAGUUAUUAACUUAAUAACUAACAAAGCUGCUAAACAGGGCUGUAUGGUCUCUCGUUUGUACUUGAAACCAUGAUUUUUUUAAAAAACAAACUGUACCGAAACGUAUUUCUCAAGACGAAAACUCUUAACAACAUUAAACAGAAAAAGGUAGUUUUGAUUCAUAACAACACUGCGCACAGCCCUCACUGACAGCUCCCUUUGGUGGUACUGUAUGCAACAGCACAAACCGACAGUCUUCUUGCUGAAGUCUUUUCGGAUCAACACCGCAGCUCCUCCUGACCUCGAGUUCAGGCACGCGUCCUGCAGCCUACGUCGCGUUGCCCAAGGCAUUAACGUUCCGAUCGCAGGACGACGGCGAAAAAGUGCGGUAGUUUCCAAAUGUAUUAUUUGGGAAUUUCAUUAUGGUCCAGAAAUACGUCGGGCGAGAAGGAAGACAAUUUGAUAACAGCAGCUUACGCUGAUAUAGCCCGCGUUUUGUAUAGCCAGUGCCGAGAAGGUCGAAACUGAGCGAAAAGCUUCAGAUGAAAGUCCUAGAAGAAGCAAAAAGUAAAAAAGAAAAACGACUAAGAGAAUAUGAUUCUGGCCUUUGACGCAUUUGAUUUUAAUCAUGCUCAAUGAGACGUGCUCGUCUCAUCGUGCUCAUGCAAAAUCCUACGCUCGAUCUUCCGUUGCAGGCACAGAAUGAACGGAUUAUCACUCGACAGCAGCAAAUAUAUAACAUUCUGGAAAACGUAAUAACUGCUUUCGUGUGGACGCCCGCUGUCUGUAACCACGUUUCCAGCGCCGGCCAGCAUGGGCUGUGCGUCUUAAUAACACGUGGACGCAGAUCGCACCUUCUCCGGAAAACGUGUUUUGGUGUAACUGACGCAGAUGAGCGUGAAACGCGACGAUCUCUGCUUUGUAACAUUUUAUAGUGAAAUUCCUGAAAGCAGUCAAGUGAUAAGUUAUUUAUGUCAUGUACUUUUUUAAAACGUUGUCAUAAAACAUCGCACAAUACUCGUAUAUAAUCUGGAAAUAAUCUACGUUCACAGACCAAUUCUAAGAACAUGAUUAACGUCGUUUUUCUAAUGUUGUAAGAUUUUGUUUUUUUGCUGUUGUGACCAUGCUGUGAUUUGUUUUUUACAUUUCAGAAGAACUGUUCCCUGAAUUGUGAUUUUACCAAUUCGUGCGUUAUUUACGAAUUUCAACGCCUUCAUUGCAGCACCGCCUACAACAUGCAAAUUAUUCAGAAAGAUACUUUCUCGCUUGUAGAAGUUUCCAGAAGUCAAAAGUUGUAUGCAAAAGUGAUUGCGAAGCUGAGAACAGUUUGUGUUGUAGUAGAUUUUGAAAAAGAAUUAUAAAUGGAGUCGACAACGGAUAGCUCCCAUAGUAUUUUAAACUUUGUGAACAAAGAAAGUUGGGAAUCCCUGCAGGCUUGGAAAAACAGCACAGGAGUCUCUCUUGUGCAGAUCAAUGGACAGAGAAUAUAUGGAGGUCCACCAGCAGACUGGAGGGGUCCUGCGCCGCCGCACGGCUGCGAGGUGUUCAUCAGCAGCAUCCCCCGGGACGUCUUCGAGGACAAGCUCAUCCCGCUCUUCGAGAAGGUGGGCCAGCUGUACGAGUUCCGGCUGAUGAUGAACUUCAGCGGGCAGAACCGCGGCUUCGCCUUCGCCAAGUACGCCAAUCCCCAGACCGCGCAGACGGCCGUGCUGUGGCUGCACCAUUACGAGCUGCAGAAGGGGUGCCAUAUAACCGUUGUCAAGAGCAUAGAGAAGAGGAAGCUGUUUGUCGCGGGCCUGCCCAGGGCGCUGGAGAGGAGCAGAGUGCAGAUGGCACUGCAUCAGAUGUCGGAGGGAGUGAAGAACUUAACCAUCAUAUCUGGAAACGUGGACAGUGAGGAUGUCUCCGCCACAGUCGAAUACUUCACACAUCACAGUGCAUCUUUGGCAAAAAAAGUCAUCUGUGAAGGCUUCAAGAUGAUGUUUGGCAUAUCGGUCCGGGUAGAGUGGUGGAGCCAGUGGGCCAAGUCGAAGGCACCGCCAGCUGAAGCUGCUUUUCCAUAUUCCAAGGCCUGUCCGGUCCCAGCUCGGCUUCUGCGAGCCGAACGGCAGCCUGCCUGGAGCAGCCCGAGAGCUGCACGGCCUGCCCUGCCAUCCCCUCUCUCGGGCAGUGGCAAAAAGAGGCUGAGCUGUUUCACCGCAUUAUGUGAAAAUACGCAGCCUGUGUAGGUCCAGAGUACGUUUUAAAAUGCUUGUCGUCUCCUUGUUAGUUUUCUCAAUUGUUUUUGGUUCAUCUUGCUGUUGAAAAAGCAAAACAUGCAUAAUUACAGUAUUGAGCCUGUAUUUGGCUUUGUUCUCAUUGGUUACUUUAAUUAUUGCUAUUCAGUUGGCAUGAUAGUUUUAAUUGUUGGAAUAAGUAGCUUUAUCUUUGCAAUAGCACUCUUAUCCACAACGAGGAAUGAAAGUGAAAACAAAUACAUGGUGUAUACAUUAUUAAGAUCAAAGUAUUAAUAUAUGUUUUUUCUAUAAUGUGACAUAGUUCGGCGCAAUAAAAACUUUUUCAUCAAAGCAGCCUCUUCAAGUUUCAAUUCAAAUGACGUAAACUAUAGCUCAGUAAUAGUUUCGGAAUGUUAAACCUAGCUUUUUGAAGCAAAUUGCUCGGGUAAGUGUUGAUUAUAAAUCAAGAAGGAUUUCAUGCCAUGGCUUUAGAAUAUGUCCUGUGGGACAGGACAGAAUGCUUCUCCCUUUGGAAAAUUGAUGGGUUUAUUUUUAAAAGCUGUUAACUUCAGUACUUUAAGAACUGAAGUACUUUACUUUUCAGUAAUACUCAAUAGUUUGAGUUUCACUGUUAAAGACAAAGUCCAGUUUAAUUAGAUUUUGAUUUGAUUGCUCUUUCCCACAGUUAUUGAUCUUUAACAAGACUCAUCUUUUAUCUAACAUGUUAUCUUACAAAAACCUAAUUAGUACAGUUUACCGUUAAUUACAAAAUUGAGAUAUUUGACAGAAGACUGUAACAAUAAAAUAAAAAUACUUAAGUCCU